UGUGUGUGUGUGUGUGUGUGUGUGUGUGUGUGUGUGUGUGUGUGUGUGUAAGAUAUUGAGAAAAGAUCACCAGUGAGUGCAGGGUAUUUAGGAGCAGAGAGGAAGGAUGAUGUGUUGACCUUUGGAAAGCAUCUUACCAAAAAAAACCUGGAGAACAUGGAAGCCAAAAAGGUCCUCCAUUUUGUGCCAUAUGAAGUUCCAACCACUUGGACGUCCAAGAAUGGACAUGUUUUCCAAGAAAUGGAGCUGCAAGGUGGGGAACAGGAGGAUUGUGGGCAAGAUUCACCCGUCACUCGCAAGGACCACAUCUAUGACAACCAGAUCCAGAUCAGUGUUUCAGAUCCUGAAUAUCCUGGGCUUGGGCUUUUGAAUACAACAAGAAAAUAUGUGAAGCCAAUGAACUUCCAGGAGGAAGUGCGCGCCCACAGGGACCUGGACAGCUUCCUGGCCCAGGCAAGCAUCCUUUUGGACGUGAAAGCUGCCACUCUGGACGAGGUCCUGAGGCGAAUGUUAACUCAUGUGGUGGAGGACGGCCAUGACAGCUAUGAUGUGGACAAGGUCAUGAACUCACUGUUCACGGACGCAGGAGGGAAGGAGCGUAAUGUUCACCUUCUGUCAGAAACCAUUCAGGGGGUGACUGCUACUUCCACUGGCGUAUGUUACCAGCAGUCCUGGCUUUGUGUUCUCUCCAAUGUGAGGAGCCUGCAGAGACGUCAUGUCUGCAUCGCCCGUCUGGAGAGGUCCCAGAACUGGGGAGGCAACUGCUGCGAGGCCCGCUAUGUCAUCCUCAUCCUGGCCCCUCCUCAAACGAAAAGCACCAAGACGGCCAUCGAACUCAGUAGAACAUUUGCCACAAUGUUCUCCGACAUCUCCUUCAGACAGAAGCUUUUGGAGGUCAAGACCCAGGAGGAGUUCAAACAGGAGCUGGUCUACCAGCGACAGCAGCUCUCCAUAGACACAGAGAAGCUGGUCGAAGAGGAAGUGGAGGACUCAGAUCCACGUAGGGGGAAACCACUUCAGUGCAAAGAAUUCUUUAAAGUCGGUAAAGGUGUUUAUGAUGACCUCCGUCGCAGACUCCCCCUCUACCCCUCAGACUUCACAGAUGGCAUAACUGGGAAGGACCGCUGUCUGCUGAAGUACACUACCACUGCUAUUUUCCUCUACAUCGCCAUUCUACUGCCUGCUAUUGCCUUUGGCUCAUUGAAUGACGAAAGCACAAGAGGAGAGAUAGAUGUUCAGAAGACUAUUGUUGGCCAGAGCAUUGGAGGAGUGAUCUAUUCUUUGUUUGCUGGCUCACCACUCGUCAUUCCACUGACCACUGCACCACUGGCCAUCUUCAUAAGCGUCAUCAGGGGCAUCUGUGACGACUACGAGCUCGACUUCGAUGCUUUCUACGCCUGCAUCGGUUUAUGGAACAGUCUAUUCCUCAUCCUCGGAGGCUUAUUCAAUGUCAGCCUGUUUAUGAAACUCUUUAAACGCUCGACAGAAGAAAUCAUUGCAUUGUUCAUCUCCAUAGCAUUUGUCGGGGAUGCUGUGAAAGGCACCAUCAAAAUGUUCUGGCACUUCUACCAUGGGCCCACACUGGCGACCACAAAUAGCACGUUGGUGCUUCAGCAGAUUAAUGAGAUUCUAGAGAAGAUGCAGAAUCAGACAGGAAACAUGACCGAACAUCAUAAUGAGACCGUGUCACUGAUGGGACACGCAGAAGGACAUGCGUCAAUCUUCCUGCCCGAGGCUCUGGUGUUGACAACACGGGAAAGGCCCAUCCUCUGUCUGCUGCUUAUGUUGGGGACUUUGUGGCUGGGUUACACCCUCUACAUCAUUAAGAGGAGCCCAUAUCUGAAUUACAAAAUCAGAGAGGUGGUGUCAGACUGCGCUUUGCCGAUCUCUGUGCUGAUAUUCUCCUUCAUUGGCUCCUACCUUUUCCUUGACAUACAGCUUCCUAUGUUAAGUGUCCACGACGGCCCUAUCUUCAACUUCCCUCAUUUUGAAAAGCUGUCAGGAAUGAACAUACUGAGUGCAGUCGGGCUGGGUUUCCUCCUCGCAUUGCUCAUCUUCAUCGAUCAGAACAUCGUCAUCUCACUCACACAUGUACCACAACACAAGUUGCUCAAAGGCACAGCGUUCCACUGGGACUUAAUGCUGACUGGCUUCAUCAACAUCCUCAUGUCCUGUCUGGGGUUGCCUUGGAUGCACGCUGCCUUCCCACAUUCCUCCCUGCACGCCCGUCAGCUGGCCAAAGUGGAACAGCACGUAGAGAACGGACACCUCUACACGACUAUUGUCAGUGUGAAGGAGACUCGUCUGACCUCGUUGGUAGCCAACAUCCUGAUUGGCCUGUCUGCGUUCAUGCUGCCCAUUCCUCUGCAGUGGAUCCCCAAGCCCGUCCUCUACGGCCUCUUCCUCUACAUCGCAGGUACUUCGCUUGAUGGGAACCAGAUGGUGGACCGCAUGGCCCUGCUGCUUAAGGAACAGACCUCCUAUCCUCCCACACACUACAUCCGCCGUGUGCCUCAGAGGAAGGUGCACUACUUCACAGCAGUGCAGAUGAUCCAGCUGAUCAUCCUGUGUGCUUUUGGGAUGUAUCCUCUGCCCUACAUGAAGAUGGUCUUCCCCCUUCUGAUGAUCUUGCUGGUCCCUGUCAGGACCAGCCUGCUUCCCCAAGUAAUCGACGCCAAGUAUCUGGAUAUCAUGGACGCUCAGCACAUGUAGAACAGAGCACACCAUAUGAAAGGAUUAGUUUUCUCUGGUAGGAAGGGAAACAGACUCAGAACUCAAGGAUUGUGUUAACAACUAAACAAAAUGCAUUUUGAGCUGGUGACUGGCUGAGUUAAUGUCAGGCAUCUUUGUAAUAUUUAAAACACGUUCAUCAUCAUUUAAUUUAAUUUAAGCAACAUGUUUUGCUGCUUGGUCUGUGUCCUACUUGGAUUAAAGUGUGAUGUGGAUGAGGGGAUUUCAGUGUUUUACCACCGAUCAAAAAUCCAGAAUCAUUUAACAAAGUGAGAAGGAAUUUCUCACACUUGAAAACAUGCAGAGUGAAGUAUUACCUCAUAAUGAUGACAUUUUAAUAACACUAAAGCCAGGUAUCACAAGAUCUGUGUUACAGUUGUUUAUAUGUGAAAACUGCUAUUUUAAUUAAGAUAAGACGUAACAUUAUGUUAGUAUAAAGGUAAUUUGUAAUUUUCUGUGCAUUGUAAUCAUUUUUUGUUACACAA